AUGGGUACAUCAGGCUUAGGUUCUGCUUUAGCAAAUUGCAUUAAUCUCUCUAAUUUGACACUUGACCUUGGUUACAAUUAAAUUGGUGCAAUGGGUGCAUCAGGCUUAGGUUCUGCUUUAGCAAAUUGCAUUAAUCUCUCGAAUUUGACACUUGACCUUGGUGGAAAUUAAAUUGGUGCAAUGGGUGCAUCAGGCUUAGGUUCUGCUUUAGCAAAUUGCAUUAAUCUCUCGAAUUUGACACUUUACCUUUAUUGGAAUGAAAUUGGUGCAAUGGGUGCAUCAGGCUUAGGUUCUGCUUUAGCAAAUUGCAUUAAUCUCUCUAAUUUGAUACUUGACCAUGGUUACAAUUAAAUUGGUGCAAUGGGUGCAUCAGGCUUAGGUUCUGCUUUAGCAAAUUGCAUUAAUCUCUCGAAUUUGACACUUGACCUUGGUGGAAAUUAAAUUGGUGCAAUGGGUGCAUCAGACUUAUGUUCUGCUUUAGCAAAUUGCAUUAAUCUCUCGAAUUUGACACUUAACCUUGGAUAUAAAAACUCAAUAAAUGAAUCAUAAAUAUUAAAAGUAAUAAACAAGUGUCGUAAAUCAAAAAGAUUAGUUGUCUUUUAGAUAAACAACUGGUGA